AUGAUUCACGCCAACUUGAAGAAAAAGUUCAGCUGCUGUGUGCUGGCCUUUCUGCUGUUUGCAAUCAUCUGUGUGUGGAAGGAGAAGAAGAAAGGGACUUACUAUGAUUCCCUUAAGUUGCAAAGCAAGGAUUUCCAGGUGUUGAGAGGUCUGGAGAAACAGGCUGAGACUUCAAGCAGCACCCAGGACCCCCACAGGGGCAGCCACGCCCUCAGCAGCCCCCGGGGCCCAGCCAAGGCCAAGCCGGAGGCCUCCUUCCAGGUGUGGAACAAGGACAGCUCUUCCAAAAACCUCAUCCCCAGGCUGCAGAAGAUCUGGAGGAACUACCUGAAUAUGAACAAGUAUAAAGUGUCCUAUAAGGGGCCAGGGCCGGGGGUCAAGUUGAGUGCCGAGGCCCUGCACUGCCACCUCCGGGAACGUGUGAACGUCUCCAUGGUAGAGGUCACAGAUUUUCCCUUCAACACCUCCGAGUGGGAAGGCUUCCUGCCCAAGGAGAACAUUAGGACCAAGGCUGGGCCGUGGGGCACGUGCGCUGUGGUCUCAUCGGCAGGAUCUCUGAAGUCCUCCCAGCUCGGCCGAGAAAUAGAUGAUCAUGACGCAGUCCUGAGAUUUAAUGGGGCGCCCACAGCCAAUUUCCAACAAGAUGUGGGCACGAAAACCACUAUUCGCCUGAUGAAUUCUCAGUUGGUCACCACUGAAGGGCGCUUCCUCAAAGACAGUUUGUACAACGAGGGAAUCCUAAUUGUGUGGGACCCAUCUGUUUACCAUUCAGAUAUCCCAAAGUGGUACCAGAGCCCUGACUACAGCUUCUUUGAGAACUAUAAGAGUUAUCGCAAGCUUCAUCCCGAUCAGCCCUUUUACAUCCUCAGGCCCCAGAUGCCUUGGGAGCUGUGGGACAUCAUUCAAGAAGUCUCCCCGGAGGAGAUUCAGCCCAACCCCCCAUCCUCUGGGAUGCUUGGCAUCAUCAUCAUGAUGACGCUGUGUGACCAGGUGGAUAUUUAUGAGUUCCUCCCGUCCAAGCGCAAGACUGACGUGUGUUACUACUACCAGAAGUUCUUUGACAGCGCCUGCACGAUGGGCGCCUACCACCCCCUACUCUUUGAGAAGAAUCUGGUGAAACACCUCAACCAGGGCACAGACGAGGACAUUUACCUGCUUGGGAAAGCUACGCUGCCUGGCUUCCGGAGAAUUCGCUGCUGA